AUGCCAACCAUUGAGCAGUAUGGAGGCACGACGGAUUCGGAGGACCAUCUUGAAAAAUUUAAAUCUUUGAUGUUCUUUCAAGGGGCAUCAGAUGCUAUUAUGUGCCGAGCAUUCCCCUCCACCUUGAAGGUGAGACAUUGGGUUGCGCACCUGAAGCCACAAUCACUCUCUAGCUUCGUGGAGCUCAGACGGGCCUUUCUUACAAAUUUUAUGAGUAGCAGAGUCCAUAAAAAGACUACAACCAAUAUUUUGGCCAUCCAGCAUGGUUCUGGUGAAACGAUCAGAGACUUUCUCACAAGGUUCAACAACGAGGCGCUGGAGGUACGAAAUUUAGACCCAAUUGUGAAGUUCCAAGCCAUGCACAGUGGGAUCAGAGAUGUUGAACUGAAGAAGUCUCUGAUCAUGGAUGAGCCAAUUGAUAUGUAUGAACUUUUCUCGCGUUGUGAAAAGCAUAUCAAUCUUGCAGAAGUUCUUGUAGUCAAGAAAGAGAAAGAGAUAAAGCCCGAUAAGAAAGGUCUGGAAAAAAAAAGAUUCCCAACCUGGGGGAAAACCCUAGAAGGAUGGCAAAGACCAGAAAGAUGGGAAGAGGAAGAGAGAAGAUUAUGGGUUCCUAGAAGUGAUUCGAAGUCGGAGCCCAUGUACACUGCCCUCACGCACAACCGGGCAUACAUUCUUAAUGAGAUUAAAGACCAAGUAACCUUGCGCUGGCCGACAAAGAUGAUAAAGCCUGCACACGACCGGAAUAAGAACAAAUACUGCAGAUUCUAUUAG